UCUCCGACCAUGUGGUUGAUGAUAAACACAGCUUAAAUAUCUCCCCGUGCUAAGCUUUUUGGUUUCAACAUUUGUUCGAUUUUAGUUCGAUUUCUUACCGCGUGCUCACUAUUAGCUGUCAGCAUGUCUGUUUCCGACGAUGUGAAUUUUCAAACCCAGAUUGCGUCUGUUUUGGAUUCACUUGCAAAGGUGGCCGUCGUGGAAAUAACGAAACUGUUCGAGAGUCGCUUCCUUGCUUUGGGAACCACCUUUCUCAUUAAAGGGCGGAGGGAACAAAAUGAAACCCAGCAAACGGUGGACGCUGUAAAAAAGUCUGGCAAAAAAUGUAUUCGCAGUAUCGGAGUUCAAGUGAAUGAGGAGACAACGACGUCCUCAGAGCUACAUGAAAACUCAAAACAGUGCUUGUCCUUGGAGGGGGGCAGUGGUUCUUUGAAUGGGAGCAGUGAGGAGGAGGGUCCUGCACAUAGUAUCCCUCUGCUGAAGGCUAAUCAGCCUGCUGAACUCAAGUGCUCUGUUCUAGAAGAGAAGGUUGUGGAGAUGGUGGAGGGGAGCAGUCUGGAACCAAAAUCUCCAACAAUCACUGAGCAAGAAGGAGAACAAGUGAUCUAUUCCACACCUGAGGAUCCAAGCCACCUCUAUGUUCCUGUUCAAAGCUCCCCAACUAAGCAGAAACCCCAGCCCCUCAAGACAGAAACAGAGAAUGGAAUCAAUAUAGAAUGCAAGACUAAAGUCAUCUGCCAAACGGUCCCAAAGGCAGAGGAGGAGGAUUCAACACCACAGCCUACAUGUAAAGAAAAGCCUACCCAGGUGGAGCGCCAGCAGGCCAGCUACAGCACUGCCAAGGGGACAGCCUACAGCCCGUCCUCCUCAGAUGGGGCUUUGGCUCCUGUACCGGCUAAGAGUAAGUUGAAAUCUAUGGAUGUAACGAACCCUCCCUCUACUAUAAUGAAGAAAAAGAAGGUGGAUUUCAAGCUGGACCAGACAAAGAAAAAUGAGGUGGAUUUAAAGCUGGACUGGACAAAGAAAAAGAAGGUGGACUUCAAGCUGGACCAGACGAAGAAGAAGAAGGUGGACUUCAAGCUGGACCAGACGAAGAAGAAGAAGGUGGACUUCAAGCUGGACCAGAUGAAGAAGGUGGACUUCAAGCUGGACCAGAUGAUGAUGAUGAUGAUGAAGAAGAAGAAGAAGUUGGACUUCAAGCUGGACCAGACAAAGAAGAAGGUGGACUUCAAGCUGGACCAGACAAAGAAGCAGGUGGACUUCAAGCUGGACCAGACAAAGAAAAAGGUGAACUUAAAGCUGGACCAGACCUCCCUGGAGCAGAAGUUGACGAGGCCCUGCUCUGUGCAGCUGGUGAACCUGCUUUUGGUGCCCGGAGGAAAGAACUCUGGAGGGAAGAAGAAGGCUAAUGGUAGCUACUGUCAUGACAACAAGCGGUUCCCCAUGCCAAAGGACCUCAAGACCCACCAAGGCCUCCACACGGGCCGACGCCUCUGCUGCUUCACUCAGUGUGGGAACGGUGUCUGGCGGCUGCAAGGGGUCCUCUCCUCAAGCCGCGCCCAUGGCUGCAAGAUCUGUGGGAAGCGCUUCAAGCGCAGGAAGAUCCUGAGGAGGCACGAGCGCUUCCACACUGGUGAGAAGCCCUACUCCUGCUCCCAGUGCUCCAAGACAUUCGCCCUGCGGAAAAGCCUCCGCAGGCACGAGAGGUUCCAUACAGGGCAGAGACCUCACAGCUGCCCCCAGUGUGGGAAGAGCUUCCGUCUCAGGGACAAUCUGAAGGCUCAUCUGCGCUUUCAUACCGGUGAGAGACCUUUCACCUGUUCCUUCUGCUCCAAGAGCUUCAGAAUCUUCCGGAAUCUUGAAAAACACAGCAUCGAUCACUUGGGAGCGACAGCGAAAUAGCUCAUUUUCCGGCGAAAGAGAACUGUGCUAAAAGCAUGAGCAGCCUUAUGUAGGCCGCCUUACAAAACUGUCCUACCUCUAACUGAAACUACUAAAUGUCCAUUCCUCAUUAUAACCAACCCUUCAGUGUUGGUUAUUUUUUAAUGAUGCUAUGAUGGUAAAUUGCCAUUAUGAGAGAUGGGGACAGUGGAGAGCUCUGAAAGGACUCAGUCAACCAUCCUUCAUAGGUUUGGAUUAUCCAGAAUGAUCAUCAGUGUAAGCUUCAGUGGACAUUGAUGUUAUUGACAGCCAUAAUGCUCUAAUACAGUAAGGGACAAUUUUCCAGACACAUUAUGCCUAGUCCUAAACCAAAAAGUUAUUUCAAUGGAGCUUUUCUAUUGAUCAUGCUGGACUAGGCUUAAAGGGACUCUUCAGGACCUUAUCUACUACUCCUGAGUCAGAUUAACUCAUGGAUACCAUUUGUAUAUGUCUGCGUGCAGUUUGAAGGAAGUUGCUAACUAGCACA